UCUUUCAAUUGGAAGAGUGAAUGAAUUUGGUAUUUAUGAACCUGGGAUUGAACCUCAGCCUGGAAAAGAAGGUUUGUGGGUUCAUCUGUCCUGUUUGAAAAGAUGAAAGAAAAAUUACAAACCACAGCUCAGCUUUGUCAAGUAAUAAUUCUCCUUUGUUUUAGCUCUGAAAUUUGGGCAAAAAAUGAAGAAACUCGUAUCUGGUGAUUCUGACAAGGUAGAUAGUGGAAAUAUACAGUGUGUUGUUAAAAUGAUUCAGGGUACUAAAGUGUUUCCAACUUGAUAGGCGAAGGAAGAAAUGGCAUGGAAAGUUGCUAAAAUGGUUUUAGAAGACGUCAAAAAGCAACAGAGGAAGGCAAAGUAG